AUGUCUUUUGAAGGACCAAGCUCAGAUUGUCAUCCAAAUUGCCUACGAGCAAUGAAUGCGCAAGAAGAUUACGAUGCAUCUCAAAGAGCAGCAAUGUUAGCGGUUGAUCUAAUCACCAUGGCACGGGCUCAGUAUCUGGUGAACUUCGCUGGUCCCAAGAAGGACUCUGGGCAGGGAGAGUGGGAGCAAGGACGCGAGAUAACGAUCCAAGAUCUCGUCGACUACGUGAGGGACAUGGCUAUGCCUAACGAUCUCGAGGAGGAGGAAGAAACGGAUCAAGAACGCCCUGAGCUAACGGUGAAGGACUGCCUUGAGUGUGCUUUCAGAGAUGGGUUACCGAGAGUAGAGCAUUGGGGACACUUGGGAUGUGUCGCCAAGGUUCCCCCGUUUGCUUCUCUCAUCAUACCUCGCGUCCCCAUGAUUGGAGAAGUGGUUGAGGCUGAGGAAUGGGAAGAAGCAGUUGUGUUGUUUGGGAAGCAACCGAUUGGAGCUAAGCUGCAUGUGUUCAGUCCGGAGAUUGAUCUUGUUGAUGAUGGAGUGGGACUUUACGAAGGGCCCUCAGGUGCUGGAUCAAGCUAUGUUGAACUUAGGGAUGUGAUGGUCAUUUCAGUGGGGAAGACAGGAAGGGGAGAUGAGGCUGCGAAAUUGAGGAUUUGCUACAAGAAGAAGAUUAAGGUCAUUACAGUGUCUCUUGCUCGUGUGCUUACCUCACUUGGCGACGAGUCUCAGGUCAUAGAGCCGACGGCUCUGCUUGUUGAUUUCAUUCUCCCACGCUUCUUCACGUAA